CAUUUUUGUUUGUAUUUUGAAUUUAUGCUAAAUCAGAUCAUUUAAAUAAUCUUACAAAUUUUAUUGAUUUUAAAGACCUAGAGAGAUAAAGACAUGAUUCAAGAAGCCUUAAUUAAUACUCCUAGUUAUUUUUAAGCUGAAGAAUUGUGUACCAUUUUCAAAUUAUUAGAUUUAAGAAUAAUAAAAAUGAGUCGGUGCGAUUUUAAAAUAGUUUUAUUAGGCAGCGAACAUGUAGGGAAGACGAGCUUAGUGUUAAGAUUCGUUAGUUGCAGAUUUAAUGCUACAACGCCUUAUCAAAACACAAUAGGAGCAGCGUUCUGUGCAAAAACUAUGUAUGUGAAUGGAAAACCAUUUAAUGUAGGAAUAUGGGAUACUGCAGGCAGUGAAAGAUACGAAGCAAUGACGCGUAUGUACUACAGGGGAGCGCACGCAGCGAUCAUUUGUUAUGAGCCGUCUUGUAUACAAUCUUGGGCUCGGUUGCGACAUUGGUUGCAAGAAUUGAGGACUGUUGAAGAGGACUGCAAAGUAUACCUCUGUGGUACUAAAAAAGAUUUACUCGACUCUGCUAUAUCCAAACGGGAAGUGCCAGAAGACAUCAUAGAGACAUAUUCACAAGGUCUACAUGGACACUUUCUUACUAGUAGUAAAACUGGUGAAAAUGUUGAGGAACUCUUCCAAAAGAUAGUCGAAGAUUGUGCGGCGGAUAUUCGAGUAAUGAAAGACGUAGAAGAAACGAGAGUGCAGUUGCAAAGAGAUGAAGACAAAAAGAGAGAUUAUUGCUUCUGUUAAAAUAUUGAGCAACAUUUUGAGCAACAUGUUGUUGAAUAUUGUGUUGUAUUUACAACACAUUUGAAUGUUGCAAAGUUGAGUUUGAGCUGGGUUUGAACGGGAUUUGAGCUUAAUUUGUGCGAGAUUUGAGUAUCAUUUUAGAUGAUCUAUGUAAUAUUGAAAAUACAAUUUUUGUUUAGCAACAUUUUAAUCCACAUGUUGCACAUUUGAUGGUAACAUAUUGGUUGUUGAGCAAAUUAAGCGUGAUUUGAGCAUGUUUUAUGCUAGUUUUGAGCGCGAUUUGAACAUUUAUUUAGCAAAGUUGCUGGCAAUGGUUUGUUGCAAACUUAGCUUAAGCGCAAUUUAAGUUUGAGUUUAGCUUUAUUUAAGCAUGGUUUUAGCGAAAAUUGAGCGUGAUUUAAGUGUCACUUUAUAUGAUUUAUGAAAUAUUGAGCAUUUAUUUAACAACAAUUUGAAUUAAAGUUGCAAAGUUGAAUUUAAACGCAAUUUAAAUUUGAGUUGAGCUUUAUUUGAGCACGAUUUAAACGUCAUUUUGCAAAUUAUAAUUAAGUUUUUUUUUCGAAAAAUGGAGGGUAUUAAAUUAAAGUAUUUUUUUAAAGGUUAUUGUAAAUAAAUUUUAAAGUUGGUUUUUCAUUAAUUUAUUUUUUCUUUGGUAUUAUAAUAUGGAUAAAUAAAAAAUUAAGUCACAAACAUUUUUAAAUGUAUUUUUACGCAUAUGAAAUUUUAAUACAGUAAAGAAUUAAAAUUCUCAGCUUUUAUAAGUUUGUUUCAAACUAGCCGCUCGUCCCGGCUUCGCUUGGUUUGACAUGAUAUAAACUAUAAAUAUACUUACCCUAUGUUACUCAGGAAAACUUGCGUUCUAUUGCAGAAUUAAUUUUCCAAAUCGGUUCAGUAGUUUCGGAGGUUAGUUAGUACAAACGAACAAAUAAAAUGUUUACUGUAUUUGAACUAAAUGUGAAUAAUUCGUUGGAAACCAAAGAUACAAUUGGUAACAAAUGUGAUAAUAAUAAGUUUUAUACUAUUUUCUAAUGUAUAUCUGUAACGCCGUAAUGGUUGUACGGAUUAUGAUAAAUUUCCAAUAGUGAUAGACUACAUUUAACUUUUUAUACUUGAAACUAGUGUAAGAUUUAAUUGUAUUAUUUAAUCUGGUGGCUUUCUGUAGAUUACUGUAUCGAUCUCAGUUAAAUUUUUAGAAACGGUAACUCACUGUUUGGAAUGAAAAUGGGAUACUAAUUUAUCAUUUUAUUAUAAUCAUAUUCAUAUCCUAUAAGGUUUUGAGACAAAAACCAUAUUCUAAAUAAACAUAAGUUAAGUCCCAUGUCCCCGUAGUGGGGUACAGGCCGAUUAAGGAAAGCUGGCAUCUUCACAGUACUCACACUUAUGCAAUUUUACUAUACAGUAUGUUCAAAAAUAAAUGCGACUCUAGUUUAAGUGUAGACUUGAAUUGUUAAAUGAGUGCGUUGUAGAUAAUAUAAAAGCUCUCAUAAUUUAUAUGUAAAAUUACAAUUUGAAAGUAACUCAAUCGAUGAACUUAAUUAUUUAUUCUCAUAAUCAAUUGUAAUAAUAUUGAUAAUCUUA